GUUUACUACUUAAAUCUUAUCCCGCAAAAAUUUUAUCAGAUUGUACGUAGACAUACACAAAUAUGGGGGGCAAUUGUCGUGUACAUAGUAAUUAGUUUUAAAUAUGUUUUUAUAUAUAAAAGUAAAAAAACGAAAAAAUAUGGUCCCGAAACGGAAAAAGACCACAUGUUUGUUGGUCAUGGGUUUAGCUGCUACAGUUGUGAUAUUAGUUAUUAUAGUAGUCGCAGUAAGCGCGGGAAAUCCAACCACCAGUAAUGGGGAAGAGAAGCAGCUUCAGAUGGUUCAUAUUGUAAUGAGACAUGGUAAAAGAACCCCCGCAGACACAUACCCAACGGAUCCCCACAUAAACGACACAUUAUACCCCAUAGGCUGGGGCCAGUUGACAAACGAAGGAAAACUCCAGGUAUAUGAUAUAGGAAAGUUUCUCAGAAACCGCUAUAGUACAUUCCUGGGGGAUUACUAUUAUCCGGAACAAUAUUUCACACAAUCCACGGAUGUAGAUCGGACUAAAGCAAGUAUGCAAUUGGUCAAUGCGGGACUGUGGCCCCCAAAAGGGAAACAAAUUUGGGGGCCGCUCGAUUGGCAACCGAUCCCUAUACAUGCCGAGCCCCUUAGCCAAGAUAUGUUACUGUUGGUGAGAAAACCUUGCGCAGAAUACCAUAAGGAGCGAGACCGAGUUAUUGCCUCGAAAGAUAUCCAAGACAAGCUGAAACAGUUUGAGAGUUUAUUUAGUGAGUUGACAGAAGUUACUGGGAGAACUGUCAAGGAUUUUGAUGAUGUUCAGGAUAUUUUUAGCACACUAAAGGCAGAAGAAACCUUUAACCUUACUUUGCCCGACUGGACCAAAGACUACUAUCCUGAUAAAAUGUUGGAGCCAACUGUUUUCAGUUUUAUCCUGAACGCUUGGAAUGAUAAAAUGAAUAGGCUUAAAGGGGGGGUUCUACUGAAGAAAAUCUUAUCGGAUUGGCAGGCAAAAACCAACGAAACCUCCUCUACCGCUAUUAAAGGGAUUUUGUAUGGCGGACACGACUCAACUGUGGUGAACUUAUUAAGAACAUUAAAAGUAUGGGAUCCACAGUUUCCUGACUAUGGAAUUACCAUUUUAAUGGAACUUUCUAAGGAUACCAAUGGCACCUAUGGAGUGGAGAUGUACUUAAGGAAUUCGACCAGUGAGGCUCCUUUUAAACUCACUGUGCCUGGUUGCGAGAGCUUUUGCUCUCUAACUAAAUUGGUAGAUCUGACAAAGGAUGUUAUUCCAGGCGAUUGGGAGCAGGAGUGCCAUAAUGAUGGCAGUUAUGAAGUUCCUACCCCUGGUGGGCCUUAGGGAGGCAGUUUUUUAGGAAAUGUGUAUAUAUUUAUAGAUAAGAGUUUUAAUUUAA